UAUGCAAUAUCAAAACUCAACCGAGAAGGGUAGAGGAAUCGUAAUUUUUAAAUUCUAAUCCGUUAUACAUCGCUCAGCUGUCUACCAUAGCUGUACUAAUUUAACUUAUUAAUAUUAAAUCCUUUUUUUUUUUGUAAUACAUCAAUCAUUUUAAUUCAUAUUUACCUUCACAAUCGUCGAUGAAGAAUCGCCCUCAACACAAUAGAUCAGAAUGAAGGUAGUUUUGUUAGCAAUAGUUCUAUGUACAACCUCGUGCGCGGGGCAGUUCGUUGACGAAAUGCAAGUCUACGAGAAGGAGUGCCUGGGCGAGGAUGUGUUUCCGUGCAUGUCCGGGGGAUGCAUACAGCAGUCCCAGUACUGCGACGGAAAGGUGGACUGCGACGAUGGAACCGACGAGAACUAUUGCCUUGAUCACAAGCCAGACGCUCAGUUCUGUAACGAGACCCACCAGUUCAUGUGUCGGGACAGCAAGAAGUGCAUCCCGAACCAUUGGAUCUGUAAUAACGACAUCGAUUGCGACGACGGAAGUGAUGAGCUAAAUUGCACUUUGGUUCCUGUCGCUACUGGUAAAUGCAAAGGUUUCCUGUGCGGCGAUGGAAAAUGUAUCUCCAGUCUUUGGUUAUGUGAUGGAAGCUACGACUGCAAGGAUAAGAGCGACGAGAAUUCACCGGAGAACUGCCGUCACAGCCUCCUGUCCCACUCGAUGCUAAGCGGAUCGGAUUGCCCGGAGUGGCUAGGAGGGAGGCGCCAAUACAAAUGCACGGACUCCUCGUUUUGCCUCCCGAGUGAAAUGAUGUGUGAUGGGAUGCAGGACUGCAAGGACGGCAGUGACGAGAGACCCUUCUGCGCCAACUGGCACACGAUGUGCGCGAACCACACGUGCCUCGGUGACAAGGCCUCGUGUGUGCCGGACCGCGCCGGGCCCACGUGCGAGUGUCUCAACCACCUCAACCUGCGUCGGUACAAUACCUCGACCGGGGCCUGCGACGACAUCGACGAGUGCGCGCUGGCCCGCCCUCAGUGCUCCCACUACUGCGUCAACGCGGACGGCCAUUUCACUUGUGAAUGCGCCGACGGCUACUUCAAGGACGAACUUAAGUACUUGUGCUACGCUACCGGUCCCGAACCCCUGUUGUUCUACAGUACACGAAACGAAAUUAAAUAUCUGAAAGUGAAGUCGAAGGAAGUGGUCACACUGGCGACUGGAAUAAAAAAGGCUCACGGGGUCACAUCGAACGGAAUAUACGUUUACUGGGUGGAAACAGCUGAAGGUCAUCAAGCCAUCGUCAAAGCUCACAUAGACGACGUAGAAAACACUCGACAGGUAAUAGUCGGUCUAGGUCUAGAGGAUCCAGGCGAUAUAGCCAUUGAUUUCAUGGCCCGCCACAUUUACUUCGGCGAUGCUGAAAGGGGCCUGAUCUUCGUAUGCUACGAUAGCGGCUUCAAAUGUUUUACUUUGAAAGCUGACACCAAACAUCCCAAGUUCAUCACUCUGGACCCGGUGCACGGGAAGAUGUACUGGGCCGAUUGGCACAGCCGGCCGGUGAUAAUGAGGGCCAAGAUGGACGGGUCGAGCUCUGAGGUGCUGGUAGAGUCGAUGACGUCAUUCGCCAGUGGCCUGGCGCUGGACGUGCCCAACGACAGACUCUACUUUGUUGAUAAGACCAUCAAAGUUGUUCUGCUAAGCACUAAGGUCGUUUACUCAUUAUUCAAAGAGGCCCACCACCAUCCUUACGCGAUAUCGGUGUUCGAGAACACGGUGUACUGGAGCGAUUGGAUAUCAGACUCCAUCCAGACUACAGAUAAGAUUCACAGCUCUUCGCAGAGACAGGUGCUCCUCAAGAUGGACACUUCGGUAUUUGGUCUCCAUAUGUACCACCCAGCGUUGAUGAAGAAGAUUCCUCAUCCGUGCGACGAGCACCCGUGCUCCCAUUUCUGUCUGGUCACAUCAAUCGACACCUACUCGUGUGCUUGUCCAGACGAAAUGGAAAACAAGAACGGCAGAUGCAUCCCCAAAGAUGACUAUCGCCCUCUGCAUCUGAUAGUCGGCAGCGGUAGACUGUUCACCAAGUUCCGGUUGGACGCCAUGGGCAAUCCGCACAGUCACGUCACCAACUUCUCCUUGGGACGCGUGCAAGCUAUGACCUAUGACUCUGUUCGAGAUAGGCUGUAUGUGUACGACGGUCGAGAGCACUCGAUCAGCUAUACGAACAUGAGCGAUUUCACUCACGGCAAAGUGUUCGCCCUGAUCAAGUUCGGACCCGAGAACGUUGUCGAUAUGGACUACGAUUACGUCUCGGACUCUCUGUACAUGCUGGACUCUGGCAGCGGCUACAUUGAGGUGUUGUCCUUGCGCACGCUACAUCGCGCCGUCGUCUACCGCUUCACCGACCGGGAGACUCCCGUCAGCUUCUGCGUGCUGCCGCAUUACGGGAAAAUGUUGGUAGCGGUGAUGCAGACGGAUAACGACAACCGGAUUUAUGUGGACAGCAUCGGCUUGGAUGGAGACGGGAGGCGGCACAUCGUCACCGUCAACAUCAGAGGUCCCCGGAUAAUCCUGAGGUUCUUGCACGGCAUGGACAAUGUGUACCUGGCGGACGAGGGAAACGGCAUCAUAGAUUACCUGCACCCUGAAGGUACCGGUAGGGAGAACUUCCGGGAGCUAUCGACUUCAAUAUCCAGUAUGGCUGUCACCGAAAACUAUAUAUUCUGGACAGAUAGAAGAACCCCGAAGCUAUACUGGGCUAAUAUACACGAAACCUCUCAUAAAAUCAGAAGGAUCGAACUUAGGGCAUUCUCAAACUCCUCUCAGCUCCUGCUGCAGACCACGUACCCCCCACCGUCUCCUCACGACCCGCUCACCCAGCACCCGUGCCACAGAGACAACCCGUGCUCCCAGGUCUGCGUCCCGACCCAUUCCCCCACGAACCCCUACAGCUAUAAAUGCCUCUGCUCUCCGGGCCUCGUGUUCAGUAACGGGAGAUGCACGGAGGUGGCCAGAUGCAGCGAAAGCGAAAUUUACUGUCACAAAAGCAAUAUAUGUGUGGAGAAACACAAGAGGUGCAAUGGAGUCGUGGACUGUUCGAGGGGAGAAGACGAGGAAGGAUGUACACAUGUUACAAAGAAGUCCGAAAGCCAGUGCAACCCCAAUGAGAUACUCUGCUACGAGCUCUGCGUGGCGAAGGACUCUCCUUCCCCUUGUUCGCCUGAAAAGCAUUCAGAUAUUACAAAGAAGCCCAAAAGUCAGUGCGACCCCAAUGAGAUACUCUGCUACGAGCUCUGCGUGGCUAAGGACUCCCCUUCCCCUUGUUCGCCUAAAAAUCAUUCAGAUAUUACAAAGAAGCCCGAAAACCAGUGCGACCCCAAUGAGAUACUCUGCUACGGGCUCUGCGUGGCUAAGGACUCUCCUUCCCCUUGUUCGUCUGAAAAGCAUUCAGAUAUUACAAAGAAGCCCGAAAACCAGUGCGACCCCAAUGAGAUACUCUGUUACGGGCUCUGCGUGGCUAAGGACUCUCCUUCCCCUUGUUCGUCUGAAAAGCAUUCAGAUAUUACAAAGAAGCCCGAAAACCAGUGCGACCCCAAUGAGAUACUCUGUUACGGGCUCUGCGUGGCUAAGGACUCUCCUUCCCCUUGUUCGUCUGAAAAGCAUUCAGAUAUUACAAAGAAGCCCGAAAGCCAGUGCAACCCCAAUGAGAUACUCUGCUACGGACUUUGCGUGGCGAAGGACUCUCCUUCCCCUUGUUCGCCUGAAAAGCAUUCAGAUAUUACAAAGAAGCCCGAAAGCCAGUGCGACCCCAAUGAGAUACUCUGCUACGGGCUCUGCGUGGCUAAGGACUCUCCUUCCCCUUGUUCGCCUGAAAAGCAUUCAGAUAUUACAAAGAAGCCCGAAAGCCAAUGCAACCCCAAUGAGAUACUCUGCUACGGACUUUGUGUGGCGAAGGACUCUCCUUCCCCUUGUUCGCCUGAAAAGAAUUCAGAUAUUACAAAGAAGCCCGAAAGCCAGUGCGACCCCAAUGAGAUACUCUGCUACGGGCUCUGCGUGGCUAAGGACUCUCCUUCCCUUUGUUCGCCUGAAAAGCAUUCAGAUAUUACAAAGAAGCCCGAAAGCCAAUGCAACCCCAAUGAGAUACUCUGCUACGGACUUUGUGUGGCGAAGGACUCUCCUUCCCCUUGUUCGCCUGAAAAGAAUUCAGAUAUUACAAAGAAGCCCGAAAGCCAGUGCGACCCCAAUGAGAUACUCUGCUACGGGCUCUGCGUGGCGAAGGAUUCUCCUUCCCCUUGUUCACCUGAAAAACAUUCAGAUAUUACAAAGCAGCCCGAAAGUCAGUGCGAACCCAAUGAGAUACUCUGCUACGGGCUCUGCGUGGCUAAGGACUCUCCUUCCCCUUGUUCGCCUGCGACACAUUCAGUUGUUGCAGACCUGACGACCCCUCCCCCGCUGAAGUGCGACUGGAUCCAGUUCUCGUGCAAGGAGAGCCCGGUCUGCAUCUCGCGGUCGCUGCUCUGUGACGGAGCCAAGGACUGUCCGGACGGCAGCGACGAGGGCCCCGACAACUGUGACACCCUGGCCUGCUUUGACACGGAGUUCAUGUGCGCGUCCGGUUCGUGCAUCUUGAAAACGUGGAAGUGCGACGGAGACCAGGACUGCAACGACGCUUCCGAUGAAAUCGACUGUGAGAGCGUAUCGUGCAAGCCCGGGUACUAUCAAUGCCGCGACCGGGAGUGUAUAGAGCUGAAGAAGCGCUGCGACGGACACCAGGACUGUUUUGAUUACUCCGACGAGGAAGAGUGUGAUGAGCCAGUUGUCGUGGAGGAGCCGAAAAUACAUCGUUGUGCCGAAUGGGAGUACAGUUGCGAGCGUAACAGAAGUAUCUGUUUACCGAUUACGGCAAGGUGCAACAUGAAAACCGACUGCCCUGGUGGAACGGAUGAGAUAGGCUGCGACUACCGGUGCACUCCUCACGGCAUGUUCGGUUGCAAGCAGCAGAUCCGGUGCUUGGCCAUGAACCGGGUUUGCGACGGAAACAAGGAGUGCGACGAUGGAUCUGAUGAGACGCCCGACGCUUGCGCUCUCGUCAACAGAACCUCCCACCUGUACCCGGUGAUGCUGUAUCCGGCAGCAGAGUGCCGCGACGGAUUCCUCUGCGGCAACGGUCAAUGCAUCGAGUGGGCGGAAGUGUGCGACCGCACCCCCAACUGCUUCGACGGAUCGGACGAGAGCAUCCACUGCUUCUCGGCGUGCGACAACAACACGUGCGCCCACGCGUGCCAGGCCACGCCGCUGGGGCCGCGCUGCCUGUGUCCGGCCGGGUACAGCGCCGCGCCGGACCGCCGGACGUGCGCCGACGUGGACGAGUGCCGCGCGGGACUGUGCUCGCAGGCCUGCGUCAACACCCCCGGCUCCUUCCUCUGCUCGUGCCAUCACGGGUACGCGCUUAGGUCCGACAGACGUUCUUGCAAGGCCGUCACCGGGAACAUGUCCAUACUGUACGUGUCUGGCAACACCGUGCGCUCCGUCUCGGCUGACGGCUACGGCGCCAUAGAGUACAGCGACCCGGACCUUGGCGAUAUCACUGAUUUGGAUUUCAAUGUUAGAACGAAGCGUUUGUAUGUGACGUCUACGGAGUCGGGGAAGCUGAUAGAAUUGAACGUGACACAUGACGUGGUCGCCGUGACGAACGUCGGACGGCCGACCAGGGUGGCAGUGGACUGGGUGACGGGCAACGUGUACUUCGCGGACAGCACGCCGGGUGCUAGCUGCGUGAGGGUCUGUGACGUCACCAGGAGGAGAUGCGCCAGGCUGCAGAAGAUACCCUCUGACGCAACGGUCAAGGCAUUGAUAGUGGAGCCGGCGUCACGGCGCAUGUUCUACUGCGUCCAGCGCGGCCACGAGUCCGUGGUCUGGUCCGCCUCGCUCUCCGGCCGGAGCGCCCUGGACCUCCUCCACGUGACCCAGUGCUCGGGAUUAGCUGCCGAUUCGUUCACGAGGAGGCUGUACGUGGCAGAGACUGCGCCCCCCCACAUCAUGGUGGUCGACUUCGAUGGAAAGAAUCCCAAGAAGAUCCUAACGGAACGUCCACAGCUGCAAGCGCCCCACGCCUUGGCGCUCUUCGAAGACCACAUAUACUAUUUGGUGGGCGACUCGUACCGCCUCGGGCGCUGCCUGCUCCACGGCCCGAAGAACUGCGAGACCUACAUCUACAGGGUGUUCGACGCGAACACCUUCGUCAUCAGACACGAGAGCAUCCAGCGCGACGACCUGGUCAACGAGUGCGCCGCCCACGACUGCUCCAAUGUGUGCGUGCUCGAGAAGGCGCCGGUGUGUGUCUGCGACGACGGGCACGUCCGUGACGACGGGAACUGUGACCCCAGCAACAAAAACGAGCUCCCCCUGUUCAACGGCUGGACGUACCAGGACUAUCAGCGCGGUCACCGCGCCAGCAUCACCGUCGUCAUCGCGGUCCUCGUGCUGUUCCUCGUGUACAUAGCACUGUUUAUAUAUUAUCACUUCGUCUAUAAACCAAAGAGGAAGCGGUCCACGGCUUAUACAGAGGUGAGGUUCCAGAACAGCUCCGACGAAGCAGCGCAGUUGUCUUGCAGCCCGGCAGUCCAAAUGAAUGGAAAUCAACUUAUAAACGGUAACGAAUUCGUGAACCCGCUCCAGUACGUGCGCAAUGUGUGGCAACAAUCGAUCAGAAGGAAGCCACGUCCUGUUUGUACAGCUGGCCUGUCAAUAGCAGUGCCCAACUCUCCACAGCAAGACUUCUCCGAUACAGAGUCAGACCUAGACGAUCGAGAAACUAAGAGGUUCAUCCGGAAAAAUAAAUUUCUCAAUUAACUUAAGUUACAGGAAAUGUUGUUCAAUUUUUUUGCUGAGCAAAAAAUGGAGAGCAUAUUCCGAAUUUUAUAUUUUAAUCCUACUAUUAAGAUUUAGAUUAGGUUAUGAUAUAGCAUAACUAACUUCUAACUUGUUUAAAUUUUAUUGUUUGAAUGUUAUCAAAAUAGUUUUUAUUUGCUAAAUUUUAUACAUAAAAUGUAUCGAUAUUGUAUUGAUUGAAUUUUGAAAAUAAAACAUUGAUUUAUAUGAGAAAAAAAAAUCUUAUUUAUUCUAAUGCAUAAUCUGAAAUUCAAAUAAAGAAUUUGAUCACUUCCAAAGUUUCUUGAUGGACAUAUUCUUUUCAGAGUCCUUCUGCAUGACUUUAGCGACAGCCAUUUCAAAGUCCUCCUGAGUUACGUGCACUCGUCUCUCACGCAGAGCAUACAUUCCAGCCUCAGUACAAACGCCCUUAACUUCAGCACCCGAAGCUCCUGGCAUCAACUCUGCAAUCUUACGUAAAUUGAUUCCUCGAGUCAGAUUCAUUUUUCUCGAGUGAAUUUUGAGGAUGUCCAAACGGGCCUCCUCAUUUGGCGGAGGGAACUCAAUUUUUCUAUCAAUACGACCGGGUCGGAGCAAAGCAGGGUCAAGGAUAUCAAUUCUAUUAGUUGCCAUAAUGACUUUGAUGUUUUUCGUAGCUUCAAAACCAUCAAGUUGAUUCAGCAGCUCCAACAUGGUUCUCUGAACUUCAGAGUCGCCCCCACUUCCUGACUCAAUCCUGGAAGACCCAAUAGAGUCUAUUUCGUCCAUGAAAAUGAUAGAAGGAGCAUGUUCUCUGGCCAUUACGAAGAGCUCUCGCACCAUUCUGCUGCCUUCUCCAAUAAAUUUUUGUACCAAUUCUGAUCCAGAAACACGUAUGAAAGUACACUCAGUGUGGUGAGCGACAGCACGAGCUAAUAAUGUCUUUCCAGUGCCCGGAGGCCCAUACAGUAAGACUCCUUUUGGUUGCGCAAUCCCAAGGGCAUCAAACAGCUCUGGGUGCUUCACAGGCAGCUCAAUCACCUCUUUGAUCUCCUUGAUUUGUUUGUCUAGACCACCUACCAUUUCGUAAGUAGAGUCCGGCACUUUCUCGACCAUCAUGAGCGACACAAGAGGAUCGACUUUGUUGGGUAGUAUUUUGUGUAAGGUAUAGCUUUCGUUGCGAAGAGCGACACGACAAUUGGCCGUGACAUCGUUAAUAUCAACGUUCUUGUCUAAAUCGACGACGAAUUUACCUUCAGGAUGAACUUUUACGAGGACCUUCUUUUUAUCCAUUGGUUUAACCACUUCUCCGACGUACGAUCCCUGUUCUUGCAAGAGCUGAAGCUCCUCGCGUAGCAUACGAACUUUAGCGUUGAGUUCAUUACGCUGGGCUUGAAGACGACGAAGAUUUUGAGAUUUUUCGGCGACAAUGAGCUGUAACUCUUCAAUCUUGGUUAUGUAGUACGGGCGAAAACCCUCACCCUUCACCGUGUCCACUUCCAUUUUAGUCGUGAGAGUCAUAUUGCGUUACUGACUCUCAUGUGAAUUUUAAAUAACGAAUGUUAGAUUUUAACUCUCAAAAAU